GCAACGUUCUUUCUUACAAAUCCACAAGGAGAUUAGGUUGGUUUUAGUUGGAAGAAAUAAUUGUACACCAAAUGACGUGGAUCCAUGCUGUAGUCUCUAUUUUAUGACCCAAAUUUUGAGUAUAUUCUCAUAUUUAAAAUCUUAAUCAACAAUUGGGUCCUAUCUUAACACAUGUGUGCCAAAUUAACUCUUAUUAUUUACAUUUGCGCGGCGAUUAGAGAUUGUUGUCUUAUCCUUAAUUUUCUUCCUAUAUAAACACAUUCAUUGUUCAUUAUAUUUUCCACAUACAAAAACAUUUGAGUCAAAUAUUAAUAAUUGUAACAUCAUCAUCAUCAUCAUCAUCAUCAUCAUGGGUGCAACAUCUAUGGCUCAUGUUACUAGGUAUUUGCCAGCUGGUUUUCGAAGGGAAUUGUCUAGACAAAAGUUACAACAAUAUGGUGAAACAAAUCUUGGUGAUGUUGAAUUUGAUUUUCUAGUUGAUCAUUGUGAUGAGUUUCAAAAUAAUGAAAUGGAAUUGGAUUUUGAAGAUGAUUGUGAAGAUAAGGUUAAUGAUGAUGGUUUCAAUGAUGAGGAGAGUAGAAAUUUUUGGGAUAAUCAACUUCAACUUUUGCAGACUCAUAUAUACAGAACAAGUUCUAUGGAAUUAAGCAUAAGAAAUGCAACAAAAGAAGGUGUUGAAGAAAUAGAUAGAUCAAAAAUAGAAUGCAGUUGUAGUAGACAAAUUGGUGUAGCCAGCUCAUGUCCAAAUUGUUUUAUGAGUCAAGUCUCAAGAUACCUCCAAAAUGCAGGUUUCAACAGUGCCAUUUGCAAUACUAAAUGGAAAAGUUCACAUAAUAUUCCAUCAGGGGAGCAUACAUUUUUGGAUGUGGUAUAUAAUACAAGCAAAGAAAAAGCAGAUAUUAGAGUGAUCAUAGAACUAAACUUUAGAGCACAAUUUGAAAUUGGAAAAGCAAGUGAAAACUACAAUUGUCUUGUAAGAAAACUCCCUGAGGUGUAUGUUGGAAAAGCAGAGAGAUUAACUAACAUAAUCAAGAUUAUGUGUUUGGCAGCUAAAAAAUGUUUAAAGGAAAAUAAAAUGCACAUGGGACCAUGGAGAAAACAAAAAUACAUGCAAGCUAAAUGGUUAGGUCCAUGUAAAAGGAACACUUCAAUAAAUUCACUUUCAAUGGGUUAUUCUGAGAGGAUUAGUCCAAAACAAAAGCCAAAGGCUUCAUUGUUAACUGUGGAUUUACUAGAGAAGGUUCCUAAUAUGCAUUAUACUGCACUUGAAGUUGUGUGAAUUGUUAUUUUUGGUGUAUUGGUUAAGAUAUGAGAGUUGAUAUUGGAACACACGCGGUCGGGACACCGUACAUAAAGUAUUUUUCUCCUUGAAUGAUGAGCGCGGAAACUAAGGCCGAGGAAAAAAGAAAGGCAAAACUUGUUACGAUCAUAUGAAAAUACGGUGUCGGGUGUUCCUAAAUUAUUUCUGUAAUAUAGAAUUUUGUUUUUUUUUUCUUUAUUUCUAUAGUGAGAAAGGUGUGAAUCAAAUAUCAUUUCAUGAGCAUGUAAAAAAUUUAUAGCAAUAUAUAUAGGAACUUAUAAA